GGAAACGACGGUGGCCGGCAGGGCUCUACGGUGACGCACUCUCGCAUCUCAGCGCUCCGGCAGUUCUCUUUCCGCGGCGCAUUUUGCUCGCUAUUUUCGGCGGAGCUCCAGGCGUGCAGUAACACGAAGCAGCCCCCACGCGACUCAGAACGCCGCGGCCUUUUUGGAGCUCAGAACCUGAAAAUGGCAGAGCAGCUUCCGCCAGGAAAGGCGACAGAUCAGGUGUGCACCUUCCUUUUCAAAAAGCCUGGGCGAAAGGGGCCUGCAGGCCGCAGGAAGCGCCCGAUCUGCGACCAAGAGCCCGGAGACAGCAGCAACAGCAGCAGUGACGAAGGCAGCACUGUAGUUCGCCGGGAAAAGAAGCGGGCGACCCACAAUCCCAUGAUACAGAAGACCCGUGGCAGUGGUAAACAGAAGGUGCUUUACUGCAACUUGAGUAGCGAGGAGGAGGAGGAGGCGGAGGAAGGGAACGGGAACAAGCCUGAGGCUCUCCGUGUGUUUUACAAGUCGACCCGCUCGGCGAAACCCGUGGGGCCAGAGGAUAUGGGGGCGACUGCUGUCUAUGAGCUAGACACAGAAAAGGAGCGUGACGCACAAGCCAUCUUUGAGCGCAGCCAGAAAAUCCAGGAGGAGCUGAGGGGCAAGGAAGAUGACAAGAUCUAUCGGGGAAUCAAUAACUAUCAGAAAUACAUGAAGCCUAAGGAUACGUCUAUGGGCAAUGCUUCCUCCGGAAUGGUGCGGAAGGGGCCCAUCCGAGCUCCCGAGCAUCUGCGUGCCACCGUGCGCUGGGAUUACCAGCCCGACAUUUGUAAGGACUACAAGGAGACUGGCUUUUGCGGCUUCGGAGACAGCUGCAAAUUCCUCCAUGACCGAUCAGAUUACAAACAUGGGUGGCAGAUCGAACGUGAGCUUGAUGAGGGUCGCUAUGGUGUCAAUGAGGACGAAAACUAUGAAGUGGGAAGCGAUGAUGAGGAAGUACCAUUCAAGUGUUUCAUCUGUCGCCAGACCUUCCAAAACCCAGUUGUCACCAAGUGCAGGCAUUAUUUCUGCGAGAGCUGUGCACUGCAGCAUUUCCGCACCACCCCACGCUGCUACGUCUGUGACCAGCAGACCAAUGGCGUGUUCAAUCCAGCGAAAGAAUUGAUUGCUAAACUGGAUAAGCAUCAGGCUGCAGAAGAGGAUGGGAAAGUGACAGAGGAAAAGGCAGGUGGUGAAGUAGGUUCCUGGAUAGAUGGCUUGUGAAAGCAUCAAGAUGUCUUGCAGAAAUCUGUGAGCAGAAAAGACCACCUUGCCACAGUCAUGAAGACCCUGGACAGGAUGCCACCAAGAACUAAAAGGAGAUCAAGAAAAUUGCUGAAGCUCACACAAGAACUGACCGAUCAACAAAGCCCACAACACUGAACCCCUUAAUCAUGCUUACUCAUUAUUUUUCUGCCUUUAAACACCCCAAUUGUAAGCCAUUGGUGAUCCAGGUUUUUAAGUGAUAGCUUCCAGUUCUCCUUGCAUGGUGCCCUGCAAUAAAGCUACCCUAAUUCCUC